CAUAUCGCGAGCCAAUUACCAGACGUUCCAAGGUGUACGACACAGUAAUCGGCGCGUUUCGUGUAGCCUCAUCAAUAGGCACGACGCGGAAGCCCGAGCACGCAGUUGCGAUGCAGCUGCACGCUGACUAGCCAUGUACCUAAGGCGAGGGAGGGCUGCGGCGUAGCUCGGCCUAUAAAAGCAUAACCACACUGCUUCCGCUCCCGUUUCUCCUCAAUAUAUCCAGUGUAUACAUCUGAAGUUCAGGAAGCCUUACAAAUCACUGCCCUAUCGCUUGCCGGGGUCUUUUGUACUGUCGCAAACACCUUCCCAUCGCGCCAACAGUACAGAGAGCGACACCAUCUACUGCCGCCACAAGAGUCUCAAGACCUGGACCCAAGCUACCUCCUCAACCACAUAAUAAAGCCUUCACACAAUGGUCUCCCACAUGCGCCGCAUAUCCGGGCUCUUCUCGCACCCGAAAACCUCCUUCCAAGUCCUCUCUGACCUGCAUCUGGACCACGAAUCACAAUACCUGACCUUCCACAUUCCCGUCAGCGCGCCCUUCUUAAUCCUCGCCGGCAACAUCGGGCGCUUAAUAGACUACGAAUCCUACCUGUCCUUCCUCAUUCGGCGCUGCAAUCUGCACGAAAAGGUGUUCCUCGUUCUCGGAAGCUUGGAGUUCCACGGUCUCGCGUGGAUGGACGGUCUGCAGCUCGCGCACAAGAUGGAGAGGGAACCCGCGACCAAGGGAAGGCUGGAGGUGCUGUACGAGACACGGAGUGAGGUGCCGGGCACGAAUGUUGUGCUGCUGGGCGCGACGCUGUGGUCGAGGAUCCCGGAUCAGGACGUUGCGGCUGUGCUGAAGAAGAUGCCCGAGUUCAAUGAGGAGAGUGGGAUACAAGGAGAGUGGAGUAUUGAGAAUCAUAAUGCUGAGUAUAAGCGGGAUUUGCGGUGGCUGAAGCAGGAGGUUGGCAAGGCGACGAAGCCGGCUGUUGGGCCGGAUGGGAAACCGAUGUCUGGAUUUCAGGCGGGAAGUGAGGCCAAGCAAGUCGUUGUUGUAACGAGUUUUGCGCCGGAUUUGAGAGAGUCAUUGGACCCGUGGCAGGUGGACACGCCGUGGAGCUCGGCCUACGGGACGGACUUGCUAAACGGAACUGAAUGGUCUGGUGUGAAGACUUGGAUCUGCGGGACGACAGGGAGAACGUGUGAAUUCAAGAAGAACGGCAUUACGGUUGUUUGCAAUCAGAGGGGACGCGAAGGCGAUCACGUCACGGGUCUGUUGAAAGAUGGAAUGACUGAGAAGCAGAAACUUGGUCUAUUCGACGUAAUGAGAGUGUUUAGAGUGUAAUACAACUGUAACGGUUGAAAGGAG